AUGCUUGAUUUCAAGAUGAAAGAGACGUGUCGCAUCUGUGGCCGAGAUCUCUGCGGCAACCAGCGGCGAUGGAUUUUCCACCCCACUGCCAAGCUCAACUUGCAGGUGCUGCUGUCUCAUGCUCUGGGGCAAGAGCUGGCCCGGGAUGGCAGAGGAGAAUUUGCCUGCUCCAAGUGUACCUUCAUGCUGGACCGUAUGUACCGCUUCGACACAGUGAUUGCCCGUGUGGAGGCCCUGUCCAUAGAAAGGCUGCAGAGGCUCCUGCAAGAAAAACACCGGCUGAGGCAGUGCAUCAAUGGACUUUACCGGAAGACAAACUCAGAGGAGGCUGCUGUAACUGGGGCUAAUGAUGAACAAGGGGAUGGGAUGGUGGAUAUUUCAGGUCUCACCCAUGCUAAAUACUGUUCUCUGCUUCAAGAGGAUCUGGUCUACUCUUUGUAUGAGUCCUGGGCAGAUGAUAGUUUGGACUCUCACCAUCAUCACCACCAUCAGUGUGCUGCUGAUCCAGGGUCAGAGGUCACAGUUGCAGGGUCACACCGUUGUGUGCCCUGUACUCCAAGGAGGUGUCGAGGAUGUUCCUACUGGCGUGUUGCGGACUCUGACUAUGAAGCUGUUUGUAAGGUGCCCAGGAAGUUGGCACGGAGUAUUUCUUGUGGGCCAUCAACCCGAUAUUCAGCCAGUGUUAUUGGAGGGAGUGUGACAGGAAGAGGUGGUGGUGAAGCAGAAAGAAAAAAAUUGGAAGGGUCAGAUGAACCCCCUUCCUCUCUAACUCUGGUCCCUGGUUCUCAGGACCCCUCAAGGACAUCAGACAGCGAUCGCACCCUGGCUGGACGAGCCAGCUCCAGCCCCUCUGUAGCAUCCCUGGAGACAACUGAGGAGUACAUUCAGCCUGGAGCCAUAACAGAUGGGCCACUGAGCUCCCCCAGGGAACCAAUAGAUGACCGGAUAUCUGACUCCCUCUCUGAGGAGCACAUGGGAUCCCCACAUGGCCAAGCCUCACCUGCACCCAGCCUUUCUCUGGCCCUCUGCUUGCUGCAGAGCUAUGCUGUCCACCGACCAGUCCAGAACACUAAAGGGAGUAAACUCCCAGUGCUGCUCAGACGGAGCUCCAAUAAUGGAGGCACGAGACUGGGCUUCCCUGAUCCAAUUCUGGGAAUGUCUUAUGGAACUACAGAUGGAGAGAGAUACAACCACAUGCCGACACCUGAACUGGAUACCCCUCUGAUCAGGCUCGAUAUCGGGGUUGAUCAGGGUCUUAGCCUGGCUGACAUAGAGGAUUUAUUGGAAGAUGUGUACAAAGAGUACCCUCCCCCACCUCCCCACCAGAGCCUGGUUGAGGAGCAGCAGUCUCAACUGAACCAGUAUGAGUGUGCAGCUGGCCAGUGUGUCAGUGAGCUGCAGAAGGCCCAGCUCCAAGUCCAGUCUCUGCAGGCCAAGGUCCAUGAGAGCGAGGCCAACAAUAUGAAGCUGCAGGAGAGGCUGAAUGAGAUGGAGUGUGAGCUGCGUUCACUCCGUCAGUCUACUCAGAGUCAAGAAAGAACCAUCCAGGGCCUCACAGAGUCCAUCAGCACCAAAGACAGUGAGGCCCAGGACCUGUACCAGCUGAUCGAACAGCAGAACACUACACUGUGUAAGCUGCGGGAAUUGGCCCACCGCAACCAGCUAGCACAAUCCAAGGCUCCAGAAGGGGUCAGCGAGUCCUUGACGCUUGCCCAGCUGCAGGGUGAGUUGGUGGGAGUGCAGAGCUCCCUGUUCUCACUGGGUCUGGAGCUGGAGGCCAGUCAGAGGAGUCUGAGACAGAGCCAGAGGCAAGGAGAUGACCUGGUUAGGUUCAAAGACAGACUCAACUCUGAUCUACAGGAGGCAUUGCAGCAUAGGGAUGUCACUGAAAAACAUAACCAGGACCUUCGCUGUGGCCUCCAGAGAACUCGCUCUGAGCUGCAGGCUAAAGAGGCAGCUCUGAAGGAGAGCGAGGCAGAGAGACUCUCUGUAGUGCAGGAAAAAGACAGAAGCAUUGCACAGCUCAAACUCUCUCUGCAGGACAAGGAGCAACAGUUACAGGAGUACUCAGAGAUGUUCGAGUCAACAGGAAGCUCCAAACCAAGAGAUGCCCUGCUGGAGAAACUAAAAGAGCGUAUUAAAGAUAGAGAUAGAGCUCUAGAGCGCUCCAUCGAUGACAAGUUCCGCUGUGUGGAGGAGCGCGAGAGCCAGGUGAGGAGGCUGCAGCUGGCUCUUAGGGAGAAGGAACGAGACCUGGAGAGACUCCGCUGCAUCCUGUCCAACAAUGAGGAGACCAUCACGAGUCUGGAUGCUUUGGUGCGAGGUAAAGAGCUGGAGCUGGAGCAGGCGGCCGAAGCCUACAGGAACCUCCAGUGGCUGAAGCAGCAGAGCGAAGAGAAGGAGAGAAACACUCUGAGAGAGAAAGACACCAUCAUCAGCCAGCUACAGGCAGCUUUGCAGGCACGCAGCCAGGAGACACAGGAUCUGACAGCUGCGCUCGUUGCCAGAGUCCAGGCUGGACCUAGUGAGGUUGUGGAGGAGCUGAAGGCUCGACUGGCGCUGAAGGAGAAGCUCUUCCAGGAGCUGUUGUCAGACCGCAGCCGCCAGUCUAAUGAACACCAAACCCAGGUCCAGGACCUGCUCAACACUCUCAGCUCCAAAGACCAGUACCUGCAGGACAACUCCUACAGACUGUCUGUGGUGAUUAGUGAGCGGACAGGUCAGCUGCAGGAGCUACGCAGACAGCUGUCAAUGAGAGAGCAGGAGCUGUGUGAGCUGAGACGAGACAAGGAGAGGGAGAUGGGAGGAGAAACAGAGCAUCUGCAGACUCUGCUCAAAGAGAAGGAAGCCUUUAUCAAGGAACUGUUGCAGGGCCAGGAAGAGGCGAUGCAGUCAUCCUCAAGAGAGAGCGAGACAGAGAUGAAUGCUAUCCAGGAGGAGCUGCAGCUGAUACUGAAGAAGGAGAGAGAAGCUCAGAAGGAGCUCUCUGCUCUGCGUCUGUCCAUAGCUCAACAGCAGGCCAAGGAAGCUGCCACAAAAGACAGCACUGAUCACCAACUCGUGCUGGAGAAGCUUGUGUCAGAGUACCACAAGCUGAAUGAUGCCCUGAGGGCGGAGAAGAGAUUAUACCAGAGUCUCACUCACAUCCACAGCAAAAGUGACAGCUCACAGAAGAUCCAGGCCCUGCACACUGAGCUUGACUCUGUUCAGGCACUCCGUGGACAGCUGGAGGAGGUCCUGGCCAGGACCUGUAACAUGGCCCUUGUGCUGGAAAGGGCAGCUAAAAGGCAGUCCGACUUUGGAGAACUCAGCACAGAGGAGGAGGGGGGCGAUGAUGAAGACGGCAGCAGUGACGAGUUUACGGACAGCAUAGAGGAGGACGAUGAGAAAGUGACAGCUAGAAGUUUGACAUCUGGAAGAUCUGGACCUAAGAGCGUGUCCGGAGGGCUGGUGAUGGGUAUGCUGGCCCAGCGAGCUGAUGGGAAGAGGGACAAACAGCAGCUUGAGGAAGCAAAAACAACACUCGAAGGAGAGCUCGAAGAAAUAAGGUCACAGCUGGAAAGGGAUGGAUAUACCUCUGUGGCUCAGAUGAGGAGUUCACUGCAGAGGCUGCAGGAGGAGAACCAGUUCCUGAAAGCAAACCAAGGACAAGCUGGACUCCUGGGACUGAGGACAAACAUGGAGGAGAAUCACAGGAGCCUACACCAGGAAGAGGGAGAGGAGGACGAGGAAGAAGAAGAGGAGGAGGAGGAUAUUGAGGAGGAGGAUAUUGAGGAGGAGGAUAUUGAGGAGGAGGAAGAGGAGGAGGAAGAUGAAGAGGAGGAAACAUCUUCAGUGCCAGUGGGAAAGCGUCGUCCUCCGUGUGUUAGUCUGAGUGGGGAGCGGGGGAAGAGGCACUGCACACGGCCAUGCUCUCUGGACCCGGGCAUGCUGACGUCUCAUCAAUACAAACACCAGUCUGAGACGGAGGCUGCUGGUGACAGCAGUGAGGUGGGAGCACUCUGGCAGGACAUAGACGAGGGUCUCCGAGAGCAGGCGGCCCGUCUGUGCUCUGAUCUGGCUCUGAGCCGCCAGGAGAACAGAGAGCUGCAGGAGAGGCUGAUGGUGUCUGAGGCCACAGUCCAUGCUCAGGCUGAACAACUGAAGGACUACAGGGAUCUGCUGACGGAGACGUCUGUCCAGCAGGCUAGUAAGCAGGUUCAGGUGGAUCUUCAGGAUCUGGGUUAUGAGACUUGUGGCCGUAGUGAGAACGAAGCUGAGAGAGAAGACGCCAGCAGCCCAGAGUUUGAUGACCUGGAGAUGUGCACAUCGCUGUCCCAUCAUCAGGAUUACGAGGGAGUUGGCGGUAGCUGGUACUCUGGUAACUGCAGCACUAAUAGAGGUGCUUAUGAUGAAAUGGGGGAUGAGUCAUCUUCUCUCCAGCAUCUGGUCCAGGAUCUUCGCUCACAGCUGACCCGCUGCCACAAGGUGAUCCGUGGGCUGCAGUUGCGUGUCCGCUCCCUGUCUACCACGAGUGACUAUGCUUCCAGCCUGGAGCGCACCCCACGCAAGGUAAACUGGGCGUUUGAGACAUCACCAGCCCCAAGUGGUGUGGAAGAGGAUGAAGGCUGGAUGUCUGACACUCAAGGGAUUCGUUCAGGGUCCAAGCCAAGCAGGGAGCUGCAAGAACUGGUGGCACGUGUUGCAUCACUGGAGGCACAGCUGAAGAGCUCCAAGCUGGAGGGCAAAGGCCAAGCAGAAGAUGGGAAAUGUGCCACUUGGCCCGGGAAGUACAACACUCUGAUCCAGGCACAAGCUCGUGAGCUGUCCCACCUGAGGCAGAGGAUGAGAGAGGGGCAAGGAGUCUGUCAUAUCCUUACCCAACACCUGGGAGAUACCACCAAGGCCUUUGAGGAGCUGCUGCGGGCCAAUGAUAUUGAUUACUACAUGGGCCAGAGUUUUAGAGAACAGUUGGCACAGAGCUCUGCCCUGGCACACAGAGUGGUCACCAAGAUCAGUGGACGCGAUCGUGCAGAGAGCCAUGACGAUAAGACAGGCCAUGAGUUGCUUGCCCUGCGCUUGAGUAAGGAGCUCCAGCAGAAGGAUAAAAUUAUUGAGUCUCUCCACACCAAGCUGCAGCAUCGUCCAGAGACUCCAUCCAGCUGCCAAGCCUUGUCUGAGACCACCGACCAAUCAGACAGGACCUCUCUGGUGUCCGAUGAGUAUCGAACCAAUGAAGACUUGGAGCUCUGCUCUGAUUUAGAUGCCAGAGAAUAUCAGGAGGAGCAUCGACUGCGGCAGCCAGGACAUGGCUCAGAACAAGACGUCCGUCUAUCCACCUCUUCUCCUCGUGGCCUCAAGUCUUCCCACAGCUGUCCCAACAUGCUUUGCUCAGCUCCUGUGGCUUUGACCCCUCAGUUCUCUCGAGCCCUUGUCAGUGAGCCUGUUUCCUCCUCCUUCUAUGUCCCCUCUGGCCCUGACGUCUGGGGUGUGGAAGUCACUUCUGACAUCCGGCCCCGGGCCCUGUCUGUCAUCGCAGUUCGCCCAGAGCUGGACACACUGUACAAACAGAUGAAUGAGCAGAACAGGGGAUUUGCAGUUCCUCAUGACAAGGCUCUGUUCACUCUCUCACCCGGUGCCCGCAACCAGCAUGACCUCUCCAGCUACAGCCAGCUAUCCCAUCAUGCCUUUCAACAGUACCAGCUGAGUGGCAUUCCUGAAGGCCACUCGCUGAAGUCUGACUCAGGUCUAGUGCCGGGGGGGACUUUGUGGGACAUGGACAACAUGGCUCAACAAGUCGGAAGUUUCUCUGGAUCACCUGGACAUCAACCAGUACACAGCCACGCAGGGGUAAAUUUGAUAGAGGAGCACCUGCGUGAGGUGAGGGGUCUCCGUCAGCGUCUGGAAGAGUCCAUUAGGACAAACGAGAGGCUCCGACAGCAGCUGGAAGAGAGACUGGCCAACACUGGGCGUGAUGGAGGAGCACCAACGAAUAUCUACAUCCAGGGACUGGAUACAGUCACUCAGCUGUCUAAUGAAAUCAGAGUCCUGAAAGAAGACAACCUCAGCUUAAAGUCUCGCCUGCAGGCUAGCACAGACACAUGUGAGGAGCUGGUGCAGUUGCGGGAGGCAGUGUUUACAGCACGUGCCCGUCUGAAGCAAGCAGAGCUGGAGGCUGAGCAGUGGAAGGAGGAGUUAAGGCGACUCCAGGCCCACAGUCAGGAGCAGGGACAGCAGAUUCACACGUUGAGGCAGGAACGACAGGCCAGUCAGGAGAAAACCAACAGGCUCCAGCAUGAGGUGUCUCUACUGCAGCAGCAGCUGUGUGAGAGCAGAGAGCUCAUCCACUCCCUGCAGAGUGAAUUGCAAGUUUACGAUCGUGUGUGUUCCAGCACAAAGGCCAACAAAGGCUACAUCUGUGAGCUUCCAGGUCUACCAGUGGAGCUUGGGGAGCUGUUGGGGGAAGUGAGGAGUCUGCGGGCCCAGCUGCAGAACAGUGUCCAGGAGAACAGCGCCCUCAAGCAGCUGGAGCUCCACAAACAGCUGGAGCAGAAGUUAGGUGUUGGCUCUCCUCGCACUCCGUCCCUUUCUGCCCUCACUGCCAGCCCACAGAGGGAAAACUUUUACAGACGACAGCUGUUGCAUGACCCAGCUCCGUCUCCACCUGUCAGGGACAUUGGUCUGUUUAACUGUGGAUCUCCCGGUCCGCCCUACUCAGACCUGGACGACAGCCAUAGCACUGCCAAUGACCCUCUCGACCCUCACUCUGAGCUGGAGGGGGAGGCCCCUGACGGAUCAUUUGCAAAUCGUAAUGGCCGCCACGCCAUCGGUCAUGUGGAUGACUUCAGUGCUCUGCAGCAGCAAGUCCUAGAGGGCCGGAGCCUUGUCCAACGCAUGGAGACAACAUUACAGGCCUGCCUCGGCCCACCACUGCUGGAGGGGAGCCAGAAACAGAGCAGUGAGCUGGUGCUGGACUACGCAUGUGUGAAGAGUCUUCUGUCUAACACCAAGACUCUGAGGCAGAUUUUGGAGGAGGCCAUGUCUCUGCUGAAGAUGUUCUGGAGGGCAGCGCUGCCUAGCACCGAUCCCUCCAUCCAUAACCUUAAGAAGGAGCAGUGUAUGCAAGAGGAGAUCUUGUCCCUGAAGCUGCGUAUUUCAGAGCAGGAAGAGGUUCUAAAGGGGACAAUUCAGAGACUGAGGAGCACCAGCCGCACCAAGGAGAGCAUGGAGCACUUCAUAGUCAACCAGCUGUCAAGGACUCGUGAUGUGCUGAAGAAAGCAAGGACAAAUUUAGAGAAGAAUGAGCUGAGACUUUCCUCUCUAAGCUCCUCCUCUUCCUCUCCUUAUGCUGCUGAGGAGCCAGGAGGCACUGUCAGAGAGCGGCCUGCUGAUCGCAGUUUCCUGAAGACCAGCGGUCCUUCAGUGGCAGCCAAUCAGCGUCCAGCAGCGAGGAAGCGCAGUCGCGAAUGUUUGCUUUAGACUUUUAAAGAACCAGCCUCAAUGCUACCACUUAUGACCUCUGACCUCUAUGCUGAAACAGCCAAGAUCCUCCUCCCCUUUCCCCUGCCAACCUUUACCUUCCUCCAGUCAUGAGAUUGCUCCAUCCUCCCCUCCUCUAGGCAAUAUGUGCACACUAUAAUCUGCACUUUGAGCCUUAGCAAA